UCGAGCACAUAUGAUUAUUUUAUAUUACUAUUCUUUUUUAUGUCGAGUUUUGAUUUCCAAUAAAAAGUGUAUAAGAAUAUUUUGGUUCAUAUUAUUAUCAAAUAAAUAUUUUCAAGUCAUCUCGAGUAUAUUUUAUAGUGACUUUCUUAUCAUCGAGCGGACAAGAUCUGGUCGAGCUUCUUCAGGAAUAUUUUAUCGAAAUCAAUACUGAAUGGCUGGAACAACACUUUGAAUCUGAC